AUGUCUGUUAUGUACAGUUCCCCUCUACACCCAAGCAGUUCAGCUGCAAAUCGUGGCUUAGGGAAGCUUACUAGGCGAAAGCGAUCCCGCGAGCCAGAUGAUGAUAAUUCUUCAGCUCUCCCUCCUUCCAGUCCGCCGCCUUCCUCCCCCCCAAUGCUGCCUCUCGAAGAUGACGAAGUGGAAAACGAUUUGGAUGAGGAGGCCGAUUUCAUUGGCGAUAUCGACGAUGCUGAUGAGAUGGCAGAAGAAGAAGACGGCAUUGACCUUUUCGCUGACACUUUUGAGCGCGACUACAGACCGCGCGGCCCUGAGGCAUACGAAGGAGAUGAUAUCGAUGACACGGGAGAACACGAAGAACUGGAUUUGGCCACUAGACGUCAACUUGAAGCCAGACUCAACAGACGUGAUAGAGAACUUGCUCGAAGACGACGCAUGCCCGCAGCAUUUUUGCAGGAUGAUGAAGACGAUGGGAAUGUCGACCUUACAAAACAGCCUCGUAGACGACGACAUCACUACGACGAGGAUGCUGACGAGAUGGACAUGGAUAUUAUGGAUGAAGAAAUGACCCUCGAAGCCUUGGCGGAAAUUAAAGCUGCCAACGUUACCGAAUGGGUUGCCCAACCGUCUGUCCAUCGAUCCAUAUAUCGCGAAUUUAAGUCUUUCUUAACCGAAUUUACGGACAAGGAUGGUGCUUCGGUUUAUGGAACGCUUAUUCGGAACUUGGGAGAAGUCAACUCUGAGUCUCUCGAGGUUUCGUAUGCCCAUUUGAGUGAUUCGAAGGCUAUUGUAGCUUAUUUCCUGGCCAAUGCCCCCGCAGAGGUUUUGAAGAUUUUCGAUCAGGCGGCAAUGGAGGUAACCCUACUCCAUUAUCCCGACUACCAUCGCAUUCAUAACGACAUUCACGUUCGUAUCACCAAUCUUCCAGUUAUGUACACUCUUCGACAACUACGCCAAAGUCAUCUUAACUGUCUGGUUCGUGUCAGCGGAGUUGUAACCAGGCGAACUGGUGUUUACCCCCAAUUGAAAUACGUCAUGUUCAAUUGUACCAAAUGCGGUAUUACUUUGGGACCGUUCCAGCAAGAAUCAAACGCUGAGAUCAAAAUCUCUUUCUGCCAGAACUGCCAGAGUCGUGGCCCUUUUACUCUUAACUCUGAAAAGACUGAAUACCGCAACUAUCAGAAAAUGACCCUUCAGGAAUCCCCCGGAACAGUCCCCGCUGGACGACUUCCACGACACAGAGAGAACGGCUUCCCAGUGUUUGCAACGAUCUUGGAGGCUAAUCACCUAGUGAAAUCCCAUGACCAACUCGCUGGUUUCCACUUGACUGAGGAGGACGAGCGGAAGAUUCGAACGUUAUCGAGAGACCCUCAGAUCGUGGACAGGAUUGUAAGAUCCAUAGCUCCAAGCAUUUAUGGCCAUGAAGACAUCAAAACUGCCGUAGCACUCUCUCUUUUUGGUGGGGUGAGUAAGGUGGCCCAAGGAAAGAUGUCCAUCCGUGGGGAUAUCAACGUACUCCUCCUUGGCGAUCCAGGUACAGCCAAGUCCCAAGUAUUAAAAUACGUUGAGAAGACCGCCCACAGAGCUGUUUUUGCUACUGGUCAAGGUGCCAGUGCCGUCGGUCUCACAGCUAGUGUUCGCCGUGACCCAUUGACAAGCGAAUGGACGCUUGAAGGUGGAGCGCUCGUGCUCGCUGACCGGGGUACAUGUCUUAUCGACGAGUUUGACAAAAUGAAUGACCAGGACCGCACGUCCAUCCAUGAAGCCAUGGAACAACAAACAAUUUCAAUAUCCAAGGCGGGCAUUGUCACAACACUCCAAGCACGUUGUGCUAUUGUCGCUGCAGCCAACCCUAUUGGAGGCAGAUAUAAUGGCACCAUUCCAUUUUCUCACAAUGUCGAGUUGACAGAGCCUAUUCUUUCGCGUUUCGAUAUUCUCUGUGUUGUUCGAGACACAGUUAGCCCAGAAGAAGAUGAACUAUUGGCGAAAUUCGUCGUUGACUCACAUUCCAAAGCCAACCCUCCUAGACCGCAGACCGAUGAGUAUGGAAACCCCGUUCCACGUGAAACCUCUGGGGACGACGAGGAUGAAGAAAUGGGCGAGUCUCGUCCCGUGAAUGGAGAGUCCGGGGGAGCAGAGCAGAUUCCCCAAGAACUUCUCCGGAAAUAUAUUCUAUAUGCCAGAGAACGGUGUCGCCCAAAACUAUAUCAGAUCGACCAAGACAAAGUUGCCCGACUCUUUGCAGACAUGAGAAGAGAAAGCUUAGCCACGGGGGCAUAUCCAAUUACCGUCCGUCAUCUCGAAGCCAUCAUGCGUAUUGCUGAAGCAUUCUGCAAAAUGCGAUUGUCGGAUUACUGCACCGCUCAAGACAUCGACAGAGCGAUUGCUGUGACAGUUGACUCGUUCAUCAGCAGUCAGAAAGUUAGCUGUAAGAAGGCUCUUGCGCGAGCGUUCGCUAAAUAUACGUUGGCUAGACCUGGCACACAGAAACGGCGGGGACCAACAGGUGGCGCUUAUUCUGGGCCAUCAUCAGGCCCGCGCAAUGGCAUGGAUCGGAGGGGACUGUGA